GUGACGAAGGUAUUUAAAAUUAUAUUCAGUACAAUAUAUGCAAGGUCGUGUAUGUGUGUUUGUGUGUGUCUGUACACGACGAAACUUGACAGCUUUAUUAACAUUAUUAUAAUAUGGGUUUAUUUGGUAAAACCCAAGAAAAAGAUCCAAAAGAAAUGGUCCAAGAGUGGACUCAUAAAUUAAGAAAAGAAGGUUAUAAUUUAGAUAGACAAGUUAGAGCAAUACAGAGAGAGGAAGAUAAAGUAAAACGUUCAUUAAAGGAAGCAGCUAAGAAGAACGAUAAAGAUGUUUGUAAAAUUCUUGCCAGAGAAAUUAUUCGGGCUCGCAAAGCGUGUAAUAAAUUGUGUACAUCAAAAGCUCAUUUGAAUUCGGUAUCAUUACAAAUGAAAAAUCAAUUGGCAACUAUAAGAGUUGCUGGUUCUGUAUCUAAAUCUACAGAAGUUAUGCAAGCUAUGCAAUCGUUAGUGAGAGUACCUGAGGUUGCAGCCACUAUGAGAGAAUUAUCAAAAGAAAUGAUGAAAGCUGGUAUUAUCGAAGAGAUGUUAGAUGAGACCAUGGAUUCUAUUGAAGAAUCUGAAGAUAUGGAAGAUGAAGCCGAUGAAGAAGUUGAUAAAAUUUUAUGGGAAGUUACAGCAGGACAACUUGGAACAGCUCCUGCAGUUGUUACAGAAACUCCUGGUGUUGUUGCAUCAACAUCCGUUGAAGUAGAAACAGAGGAUGUAGAUGAUGAUAAAGAGCUUGAAGAAAUGAAAAAUAGAUUACAGAGUUUACGAAGUUAGUCUUAAUACAUAAAUUAUUUAUGUGUUGAUAACAUUAUAAGUAUUUGACAUCAUUUUAAAGUUAUAUUUGUUAGUAUAAUGAAUACACCGAUUGAAAUAACAUCUACACUAAAUUAAAUUAUCUCAAUUAAGCUUUAAAUACACCUUGAUACAUUUAUUUUUACAUAAUACAGUAUAAUUCAAACUUACUGUAAAAAUUCUAAGCAUAUAUAAGUUUCUAAACAAUGUUAUUUUAUUACAAGUUUUAUAUGCAUAUUUAACAAUCUUUAUAUCUUUGUUAUAAAUAUUAUAUUUUACCAAAUAUUCACUAUUCGUGUUAAAAAAAAAAAAAAAAAAAAAAAAAAAAUAAAUUGAAGCUAGCUUUGAAAUCACUUAUACUAAUUUAUUUUCAUAAUGUAUAAUAGAAAAAUAUUGCGCUAGUAUAUUCUUUAUAAUUAAUAACAGAGUUCAUAAAAUAAGCUGGAACAAUAUGUUGAAAUUAGUAUUUAUGUAAACAAUAGUCAUAAUAAUGUAGUAAUAAUUAUACAAGCAAGUAAUAUACAAUAAUUCACUAAUGAAAUUAAUCACGAAUAUAGUAUUUAAUAUAGCAUUUAGUAUAACAUGAUGUAACCAGAUGACUAUCACAGAAUGAAAUUUCAUUUGAAAUUAUAACACUUUCUGGUUAUAUGUAAAUAUUGUAUUUAUAUUAACAUUGUAAAGUAAAAAUUAA